UCAAGCCACUAUGAACCACACAACAAUGGAGCACCGAAAGGUCAAAGGAAACGGCGUAGACAUUCACAUAGCGAUCCAAGGCCCUUCCGAUGGUCCUAUAGUUCUCCUUCUCCAUGGCUUCCCUGAGCUUUGGUACUCAUGGCGUCACCAGAUCCCUGGACUCGCCGCUCGUGGCUACAGAGCCGUGGCUCCUGACUUACGUGGUUACGGAGACUCCGAUGCUCCGGAUGAGAUCUCUUCCUACACUUGCUUCAACAUCGUAGGUGAUAUGAUCGCUGUCAUAUCCGAGUUAACCGCGUCAGAGGAUGAGAAGGUGUUUGUGGUUGGACAUGACUGGGGAGCUCUCAUCGCUUGGUACUUAUGUCUCUUCCGACCAGAUAAAGUCAAAGGUUUGGUUAACCUUAGUGUUCCUUUCUCUUUUCGUCCAUCUGAUCCUACCGUGAAGCCCGUUGAUGGCAUGCGUGCUUUCUACGGCGAUGAUUACUAUGUUUGUAGGUUUCAGGAAGUUGGAGGUAUAGAAGCUGAGUUUGCAGAGGUUGGAACAGAGAGAGUUAUGAAGAAGUUUCUCACUUAUAGAACUCCUGGACCGCCUAUUAUACCGAAAGACAAAACCUUUUGGGGGUCCAAAGACGAAUCUAUACCUUUACCAUCUUGGCUAACUGAGGAAGACGUUGCUUACUUCGUCAGCAAGUUUGACAAGAAAGGCUUCUCCGGUCCAGUCAAUUACUACCGUAACUUUAACCGGAACAAUGAGCUGUUAGGUCCAUGGGUAGGAAGCAAAAUCCAAGUGCCUACAAAGUUUGUGAUAGGGGAGCUUGAUCUGGUUUACUACAUGCCUGGUGUGAAAGAAUACAUAAACGGUCCUAAGUUUAAGGAAGAUGUGCCUCUGCUUGAAGAGCCUGUGGUCAUGGAAGGAGUUGCUCACUUCAUUAACCAAGAAAAGCCUCAAGAGAUUCUCCAAAUUAUCCUUGAUUUCAUCUCCAAAUUCUGAUCUUUGAUUUUCAAACUCUUUCAAGUUCCAUAAUAUGUUGAAUUAUGAGAAUAAUGAUGUUUCCCAUUGAGGAUGGCCUAAGGGGCUGUUUUUGUUUCCAGUUCCGUAAAAAUUCAAACCUUAAAAACUA